AACUAUUACAGGGCACACAAUAUGAAAGCAGCGUUUCGAAACUCCUGCACGACACUCUCUCGCUCCUUAAACCCUAACCCUAGUUUCGCUUUCACUCUGAUGCCUCUACACUUAUUCAUUUCCACUUCCUUCCCACCAAAAGUCACCGGUUUGCCACUCUCAGCCACUUUUUGCUACUCCGCUUCUUCUACAAUGGGGGAUGGUGAAAGUCAAGCGCUUCCAUGUUUUGCUACAGUGGAGAAACAGUUUGAGGACUUCAGGAAACAUCUGGACGACUCUGGAAGCUUACGCGAGCGUAUUCGAGCUGUUGCUAUUGAGAUCGAAUCGGCUACGAGGCUUAUGCAUUCUAGUCUUCUCUUAGUUCACCAAUCUCGGCCCGUCCCCGAGGUUUUAGAUAAGGCUAAGGCUCAGAUUGGUGUGUUAAAGGAGCUUUUCAAUCGGUUUGCAGAAAUUCUUCAAGAAUGCCCCGGGCAGUAUCAUAGGUAUCACGGUGAUUGGAGGAGUGAGACACAGACAGUAGUCUCGCUGCUUGCUUUUAUGCAUUGGUUAGAAACAGGAAGUCUUCUUCUGCAUACUGAAGCCGAGGAAAAACUUGGAUUGAGUGCUUCUGAGUUUGGUCUGGACAUUGAAGACUAUCUUAUUGGAAUUUGUUUUAUGUCCAACGAAUUGCCUAGGUACGUGGUAAACCAAGUGACAACUGGGGAUUAUGAUUGUCCAAGAAAUGUUUUGAAGUUCUUAACAGAUCUUCAUGCAGCAUUCCGCAUGCUUAAUCUCCGGAAUGAUUUCUUGCGCAAAAAGUUUGAUGGGAUGAAGUACGAUUUACGGCGGGUGGAAGAAGUUUAUUAUGAUGUGAAAAUCCGCGGUUUGGCAGCCAAUGGGAACACAGCGAGAGACCCAGAAGGAGUUCAAGGACAACCAUAA